AUGCUCACAGUGAUGUCUUAUGAUCACUACAUGGCUAUCUGCCUUCCACUGCACUACGAAAUCAUCUUGGAUGUCAGCAAAUGUGUCCACGGAGUCUUACGCAUCUGGAUCAGUGGGGUCAUUUCUGGAGCCAUACACACAGCUGCCACUUUCUCCAUGCACUUCUGUGGUUACCAGAUUCACCAAUUCUUCUGUGAUAGCCCCCAGGUCCUGAAACUCUCUUGUUCUAAUGAAUAUAUCAGUGAUAUUGGAGUCACUGACUUUGUGGGUCUUAUGGACUUUCUUUGUGUCACCUUUAUUGCAAACAUCACUGGUAAAUUAAGCAGGACUAUGGCUAAUUUCACUAUGAGUGGGUUUCUUCUGAUGGGAUUUUCUGUCAAGCCUGAGCAGGAAAUCACACUUGCUUCUCUGUUCUUAGUCUUAUAUGUGGUGGCAGUAACUGGCAAUAUCCUCAUUAUCACCGCAACUUCCAUGGACAGUAGCCUCCACUCACCCAUGUAUUUCUUCCUGAAACAUCUCUCCUUCCUGGAUCUGUGCUACAUUUCUGUGACUGUGCCAAGGUCCAUUUACAACUCAUUCAUGCAUAGUGGCUAUAUUUCCCUCGGGGAAUGCAUAGUGCAGAGUUUUGCUGUCAUUUUCUGUAUUUCGGCUGAAAUGCCCAUGCUCACAGUGAUGUCUUAUGACCGCUACGUGGCCAUAUGCCUUCCACUGCACUAUGAAAUCAUCAUGGAUGACAGCAAAUGUGUCCAUGGAGUCCUAGGAGUCUGGAUCACUUCCUUUGAGUUUUUCAAGCCACCUUCUGACUCUCCAAGUGCAUUGGACAUUUUUCUCACUAUUAUGUACACAGUUGUGCCCCCAACACUCAAUCCAAUGAUCUAUAGCCUAAGAAAUAAAGCCAUAAAGGUUGCUCUACGAAAGGUGGUGUCUGGUAGAGCCAUUCUCAUGGGAGGGAAUGGUAAUCUGGCGGCCUGGUUCUAUGUCUGA